AUGGAGAGGCGAGGGCGUGGUCGUCUUCAACCUCGAAACGUUUCUUCUCGAGAAUCAACGGUUUCUAGCACGAACAGGUUCGCUUCGAAACCCAACUCGACUCCCAAGUCCUCGAGCAGAGUUGCAAGUGGCGGUGAAAAAGCACAAAACGACGGCGUGGAUGACCCUUCCGACCUUCCAGCCAUUGUGGGUACUUGCCCUUUGAUGUGCCCAGAAAGAGAGAGAGCCCAGCGAGAACGGCUUCGAGAUUUAGCAGUGUUUGAGAGGCUAAAUGGAAAUCCUGCUCAAUCAUCUCCAGACCUUGCCGUUAAAAAGUUUUUCAGAACUAUAUCCACCAAACAAGUUGAAGCAUCAGAUGUCCGGCCGCUCCCUGUGUUGGAAGACACUUUAAAUUAUCUUUUAAACUUGUUUGAUUCUAGAGAAUAUCCCUUUGAAGUGGUUCAUGACUUCCUCUUUGAUCGAACAAGGUCGAUAAGGCAAGAUCUUAGUAUGCAGAAUAUUGUCAACAAUAAAGUAAUCCGCAUGUAUGAGAAAAUGGUCAAAUUUCAUGUGAUAUCUCUUCACAAGCUUCGGCGUUGUAGCAGUCAAAAUACUUCUUCAAUGAAUUACCUUAACAAGGAGCAGCUUGCAAAGACUCUGACAUCUCUAUUUAAUCUGUAUGAUGCAAAUCGAGAUUCCAAAUCUACAUAUGAAAAUGAAGCUGAGUUUUGUUCGUUUUAUGUGCUACUUCAUCUUGGUUCUAACGGCCAACCAAUGGGGGAGUCACUUUCUUGGUGGUUUCGUAAUGUUCCUUCCACGUUGAUGAAAUCUAAGGAAAUUUGCUUUUCCCGAAAGAUUUUACGAUUUUUCCGGAUAGGCAACUAUAAUUGUUUCCUAAGCACUGUAGCAGCUGAGGCAUCUUAUCUUCAAUACUGCAUUCUUGAACCUUAUGUCAAUGAGGUUCGAGCGCUAGCUGUGUCAUGUAUAAAUAAUGGUGGAUACAAGCUUCAUCCAUACCCGCUGGCAAACUUAUCCAAGCUCUUGAUGAUGACGGAAUCAGAUUUGGAAUCAUUUUGCAAAGCUUGUGGUCUUGAGAUUUGUACAAAUGAAGAAGGAUAUAAUUUGUUACCUACUAAGCAAACCACCUUUUGUCAUCCUAAGGAUGGGUUUCACAGCUAUAUAUUUGUGGGUUUGGAACAAUUUGAGAGCAAUUGCCCCUUAAGCAUGGUGUUUGAAUCGGGUUUGCAUGUAAUAAAUGCACAAAUCUUGUCCAAGGCAGGGAUAUGGCCCUCUUAUCAUCUUUUAUCCUGUAGACUUGUGGUACUCUCAAGCCAAAAAGAAAGUAGAGUGGUGUUGAAGAUUCUUCUGGAGAGCAAGUUCUGCUUCUUGCUUAUACGACGUUUAGGGCUGCAUGUAUUUAAUGUUCAAGUGAGAUUGACGACACAUCUCGUUGAAGAUAAGAAGCCAAUCCUUAGCAUGGUGGCGAGUUCCCAUUAUUCUAAGAGAAGAAAGAAGAGGUUCAAGUCUCCUGCCAAGAGGAAGGAGUUCUUGAAGAGGUUUCAGCCUUGGAGACAUUGA